GGCUCAGAGGGAGAUGGGACGGAGCUCGGAGAGAGGUGGGGGCGGGACCUUGAGGUUAUCCUAGCAUAUUCCUCCAGGAGGUGACACUGGGAGGGUUUGCUGUAGUAGGACACAGUGACGUGCACACAGAAGGCGAUCAGUAAAUACUAGUCAAACGCCUACACGAAAGAAUGACUAUUUGGCGAUAAAGAAUCCUCCUACCACGCCUAUCUCCCUGAAGAACUACAUUUCCCUGCACGCUUGGCGUGACGCGCGCCUAUGAAGUAGAAGAGCGAUGACUGCUUCCCACCGCCCCUUAUCCGCCUUCAUCUGUCGAUGCCGCGAAGUUUUGUGGGAAGGUAGUUCUAACGCUAGUCGUCAGGCCCCGGGCAACUUGAACCCAAACUAAACUUCCCAGCAAGCAGCUCACCGGCCAGGAAGAGAAGCAAGAUGGCGGACGCUGGAGAUGGUGUUUUGCGGCCGGCAGGAGCUUCUACUGCCCCGAUUUCAUUCCACUUCAGUCGCACGUUCGCCCAGAGACGGCUGGCGAACUCGGGAGAUGGCGCAGGUGUGGCUCCGGAGAAGGAUUUCCUGAAGACCGUGGAAGGGAGAGAGUUGCAGAGUGUGAAGCCCUCAGAAGCUCCGAAGGAACUCAUCAUCCCUUUGAUCCAGAAUGGCUAUCGCAGGCAGCCACCGACCCAGGCCUCUGGGCCAUCCACAGAUGUUGAGGCUGUAAUGGAUAGGAUGCUGUCCCAGGCUAUGAAAGAGCUCAUUGAGGAAUCCAAGAAGUCUCUGGAGGAGAGAGAGAAUACAGGUGUUGACCCCAUGCUUGCUAUCCCCGUGAUCCAGAAAGGAUGCACCCCCAGUGGGGAAGGGGCAGCUGGCGAACCCCAGGCUGAGACAGCGCCAGAGGAGGCCAAUUAUGAGGCAGUCCCUGUGGAGGCCUACGGGCUGGCCAUGCUGCGGGGCAUGGGCUGGAAACCUGGAGAGGGCAUCGGCCGCACCUUCAACCAAGUGGUUAGGCCCUGUGUCAACUCACUGAGGCCCAAAGGGUUAGGGCUGGGCGCCAACCUGACCGAAAUCCAGGCCCUGGCCCCCACUGCCCCACACCGCCUGUCGAGGCCAGAUGAAGAGCAGGAGAAAGAUAAGGAAGACCAGCCUCAAGGACUGGUGCCUGGAGGAGCUGUGGUCGUUCUUUCAGGCCCUCACCGAGGCCUCUAUGGGAAGGUGGAAGGCCUUGAUCCUGACAAUGUUCGGGCCAUGGUUCGUCUGGUCAUGGGGAGCCGCAUGGUGACUGUUAGCGGUUACCAGUUCUGUACAGUGUGA